GUACUGCGCACACGACUGCGCACGGGACGUGACGGGAUACCGUCGAAGCCGUCCAGAAGGUCCAGAAGCUCCGGAUGUCUGGACUGAUGAGCGAAAAAUGACGUCUGACAAGUGAAGAUCUAACCUUCCUUGUUUUAUAUAUUUACCAAUAUAUUUACACUGUAUUUUUUGUGCACGUUGCAACACCUCCCACAGAGGCUACCAUGUGCGCGAACAUUUCUAGGACGACGAUGCGGCCGCUUUGCAGAAUCUGGAACAGCUCAUGACGGAGUUCUUCUGUCCGGAGACGACGAACGAGAGGAAACGCACGAUUGAGCGCAGCUUCCAGGAAUUCGCCGGGCAGAUCGACUCCUGGAAACCCUGUCUACAUUUUUUGUCCUCCACGAGCAAUCACUAUGUCAGUAUGUUUGCUCUGUCCACUUUGGAGACAACUAUCAGCAGACGAUGGCCCAUCCUUCCCUGGGAAGAUAGAGCUCUUACAAGAUCCACUUUGUAUACACUGUCAUUGGAAAGGGACGUUGCGUCUUUUGUGAGAAAUAAAGUAGUGAAAUUGGUAGUGGAUAUAGCGAGACACGACUGGCCGCAUUUCUAUCCAGAUUUUUACUCUAAUAUUUUACAGUUGCUAAGCCAUAAACACACAAGACUGCUGGGACUCGUAUAUUUGAGAACAGCUUCAGAAGAACUAGCCACGCCGAGAGAGGAUUUACCAAUGCACAGGAAAAGCGAGCUGUUCAGACUAUUAAGUGCACAAGUGCCUCUAACUUUGGAUACACUUACAGUUCUUUUGAAAGAAACUACAAAAUUGCAAAGCCGUUCUGGAACAGUGACACCACCUCCAUCACCUACCAGUGGACAAAGUCUUGCACCUGCACGUACAGUACUAGAUGUCGAGGGAUUAGCAAUAGGUACUAGUGAAGUGUGCACAGCUACUCUUGAAGUUCUGGCACAUCUGUUUAGUUGGAUAGACGUAUCAGGCAAUAUUUCCACUAACUUAUUAGAUGCCAUUUUUUCAUGUGCCAAGUAUCAUGAUGCAAUGAAUAGCAAGCAAAUUGAGAUGGCGGUUCAAGCUUUAACUACAAUCAAUGAACUUUUAUACAGACCAUUCUGUUCGCCUGACGCAACUGACACCUUAUUGUUGGAGAUAUUUCAGAAUGGUGUUGGUUUAUUCCAGUUAAUGGAACGUCUGGAUUCGGUAGAGGAGAGCUACAUGGAAAAAAUGACAGAGUUUUUGCAAUUAUUUAUAACAAAUCAUAUGAAAAGGAUGGAAUCGAGCUCAAAAUUUCCAGUAAAUACAUUAUUGGAAGUCCUGUGCCAUCACACAUUCCAACAAGCUUCUACUGUAAACGGAUAUUUGCGUUGUCUAGACGUUUGGACAACUCUUUUGGAGAGCACUCAAUCGCGAUAUUCUGCCGUCGCCUUAGCCCUUGCGGAACGGAUUUUACAAAAAAUGAGUUUUAAGCUCAAUGCUCGAGUAUUGAGAGAUCUUGACACGGAAAGUCUAGACGAGAAUGAAGAAACAGAGUGGCAACACUUUCUAAGAUGCAAUAUAGAAUGUUUGGCAAAAAUUGCUGACAUCUCACCUAUCCCAAUAUUUACACUAUUGUACCAUUCGUGGAGAGAAGGAUUAAUUAUUUUCGGUGAAUUAGGCGCGGCAGUUGCUAAUGGCCAAGUCAUUUUAUUAAAUGAUACAGAGGCAUCAAAUGUACAUGCACAUCUGAGAGAUCUUGCAUCAACUACACAAGCUUUAACUAGACUAUAUUCUCUUUUCAUCGGAGAUCAAACAAAUAUCGAUCAAAGCUUAGCAGAGGAAGUUGUAUCACAAACUCUGGAGGCGUGUAUGUUUGCGAGAGAUAAUCAGCUAUAUAAAGCGGCGAUUCAACCAUCUGCUAUCGUAAUAGAUCUCAUAGAAGUACAUUCACAGCUUUUGGCUUCUCUUCAAGCAUGGUGUCAUUGGAUAGCCAGAAGACCGGAAAAGGCUAAGGAAGCAUUCUGUCAGCGUUGCAUCGAUUCGUGUGUUUGGGCAACGACGUACACUGCAUCCUGUGAUCAUUCACCUCCUGCAAAUCUCAUUCACUCUGCCAUUCAUCUUUUCCAAAGUAUCACCGCCAUUUUAAAGCCCAUCUUAUGGGACCAACCAACUUUCCGGAAUCUAAUUUCUAUGGGCACGUAUCCGUACUUGAAAUCAGAUACCAUUAAAGUUCUACGUAGGGCAUUGAUAAAUGGGAUUAUAUUAUCACCUGGUGAUGCAGCAACAAGGCAAAGGUUAUUGGGUACUAUGAUAUUAGCUCUGUCAGCACCUUUGGGUAUGCAAGGACAACCAGUGCCUUCUGAAUCGACAAUUUCGAUUACGAUAAUGCCACUGACUCAGCUACUAGAAGACUGUGCGUCAUCGUCAACAAUUAUAAAAAAGAUGUUGCAUUCAUGCUUAGAAUCAAUAAUAAACAGGACAUUAGAAUUAUUGUCUUAUGUGAUAAGGUGUCAGAGUAUAUGUGAAUUAUUACUUAACUUUUUACACUCGGCAUUUUCAGUAUUACAACAACAAUUAGGUCCUGAAUUUACGCAAAACGCUGUUCAAGGCAUGCUGCAACUUUAUACCAGGGAAAAUAUUUCUGCUGGUCCUGCAUUGGACCAGUUACUGGAAAUUUUAAUACUCGUCGUAUCAGCACCCAGCAAUGCAUUUAAAGCAUUUGUUCCUUCAGUAACAAAUCUGUGUUUAGGUCAAGUAUGGCCUGCUAUUGGAAACAAUCUAAGUGCUCAUCCAGAUACGACGUUAGUUUUAUUGAAACUCUUUCACAGUAUUCUUAUGCACCGAUGGCAGUAUUUCUAUAAUACUUCGGUAUUGCGGACUCUUGGACAUCCUGAAGAAGAUGAACCUGUCGAGCACAAAGAAGAAUUGGUAGCAAUUUUGGAGGCUUUUGGUCAAGCUCUACUUCAGUCAGACGUCAAUAUAUUCCGACAGAGUUUGCAGAGCCUUGAACAAUUAAAUAUCAGAUGGCGACUUUAUCAACGGGCUGUAUUCAAGGUUCAUCUUCUCGAAAGAUUUUUGAUGGCAUUAUUCACAGUUUUAUUUCAACAAUCCCAUAAUUUGUUGGCAGACGAGAUAGCUGCGGCUAUUCACAGUCUAGCAUCUGUUAACAUAGGAUGGUUCUUUGGCCAUUUUUUGCCAACAUUCUUGACAACUUGUGAAGGCGUAGACGAUAUGCAGAGAGCCACCUUAUUGGAAAACUUUGAUAAAUCCACGGAUCAACCAACUUUGACUAGAUCAGUACUCCAGCUCAUUUCAGAUUUAAGAUGUUAUCAGCUGUGUAGACCAGGUUAAAGCGAAUUGCGACUCGAAACGAUAUUCACAAUGAAAUUAUUCCAUAAGACUUCUACAGUGGCAUUUAAAUGAAACAUCAACAUUUCCACCGAAUCUCUCCUAUGAGUGCCUCUAAAUACCGAUACAAGAGACAUUUAACUGUAAUGAAACGAAAAAAAGACAAACGACAAACCUUUUGUAAAGAUUUACCAUUCUGUGUAUACCACUGCCGCACCAUCUUUUUGUGAUGUUAUAAAUG